AUGCCGCUCGCCGCGCCGCGGUCGCUGCCGCUGCUGCUGCCGUUGUUGCUGCUGCUGCCGAGGGCGCGCCCCGCCGCCCCGCCGCCCAGGCCUACAUUUACAUGUGGAGGAGUUGUAUCGGGAGAGUCGGGGUUCAUUGGGAGUGAAGGAUUUCCGGGAGUCUACCCUCCAAACAGCAAAUGUACCUGGAAGAUCACGGUUCCCGAAGGAAAAGUGGUGGUUCUUUCUUUUAGAUACUUAGACCUGGAAAGUGACAAUUUGUGCCGGUACGAUUUUGUGGAUAUAUACAGCGGCCACACCAACGGACAGCGCAUCGGAAGGUUCUGUGGUACAGUGAAACCAGGUGCCCUUGUAUCCAGCAGCAAUAAAAUGCUGGUGCAGAUGACUUCAGAUGCUAAUACUGCAGGAAGUGGAUUCAUUGCAAAGUUUUCUGCAGCAGAACCACAUGAAAGAGGUGACCAGUACUGCGGGGGACGGCUGGAGAAGCCUUCCGGCUCCUUCCAAACACCCAACUGGCCAGAGCGGGACUACCCAGCAGGCGUCACGUGCUCCUGGCACAUCGUGGCCCCCAAGAACCAGCUAAUAGAAUUAAAGUUUGAGAAGUUUGAUGUCGAGAGAGACAACUACUGCAGAUAUGACUAUGUUGCUGUGUUUAACGGUGGGGAAAUCAAUGACGCUAAAAGAAUUGGGAAGUAUUGUGGAGACAGUCCACCAGCGCCUAUUGUAUCUGAGAGAAAUGAGUUGUUCAUUCAGUUUUUAUCUGAUUUAAGUUUAACAGCUGAUGGUUUUAUUGGCCAUUAUAAAUUUAGACCAAAAAAGUUACCCACAACUACAGUUCCACCUACUACCACAACAAUCCCUGCUACAUCAGUUUCGAAACCUACAGUUGCCCUGUGCCAGCAAAAAUGCAAGAGGAGUGGGACUCUAGAAAGCAAUUAUUGUUCAAGCAACUUUGUAAUAACUGGAACUGUAAUCUCAACAACAACACGGGCUGGAAGCUUGCAUGCAACAAUAUCAAUCAUUAAUGUAUACAAGGAGGGAAACUUAGCGAUACAACAAGCAGGAAAGAAUUUGAGUGCUAAGAUUAUUGUAGUAUGUAAGCAAUGUCCUCUCAUCAGAAGAGGUUUGAACUACAUCAUCAUGGGCCAGGUAGAAGAAGACGGCAGAGGCAAGAUCUUUCCGAACAGCUUUGUCAUGAGUUUUAAGACUAAGAACCAAAAGAUCCUGAAUACCUUGAAAAACAAAACAUGUUAUAACUAAACUCUGCAUCUGCAUUCUAUCAUUUCUCUUGGAAAAUAAUUUUCACUUAGUUUAAGUCAUGAAAACACAACCACAAACACUAAGACUGUGGUCACCCUUUCCACACUUCUCCCAUCCUAGCCACCAAAGCACAAUCCUGAUACAAAAUUACAAAUCCUGAAUCUUAAAGUUGAAGAUCUGCAGCACAACCUUCUGAUCUGAAACACACCAAAUUUGUAAUUUGGUUAAUUUAUAAUUGUCCAUUUUUUAAGGCGUAUAUAUGUAAAAUAAGAAUUUUAAGUGCAAUAUUUAUAGUAACUCAUUUAACACUGCUUUUUUCUCUUGUUUUAUUACAUAGAUUCUUGCAUUAUUAUCUGUGCUUAAUAAAAUAUUUUAAGAUUAAAUCAUAAACCAACUAGUUGUUCAUUAUGUGUAAAGUAGGGCAGGCUAAACAUUGAAGUCAUUUUUUUAUUACUUACGUGUUUUUGAUGUUCUGGGUCUUGCAUAGUAUGACUGACACUGUGCCUUCUUGAUGAUUAAGGGACUGAAUUUUCUUCCAUGGCAGCCAGUGAAUCACUGAUCUGACUAGAACCUGCAUUUACUUUUCAACUGUUCAACAGUACCAUGCUUUUCUCUACUUAUGACCAUGCUAUACUAAGUAAUGUCACUAUUAAAUUCUGUAAGGCAAUCAUGGAAGAGAACAGAAGUAAUUAAUUCAGCGGCAGUAAAAUACACAUGCAAAUAGUUUCAAUUUUUGUCUCCACUGUGAAAGAAAAGACAACACAGCAGUACUCAGUCUGACACCACUAGUGUAAAUAGCAGAAUGCAUGUCUAGAGAAAUUUGUCACAUUUUCUGUUGUAUAGAGUCAGAUGUUAUUCUGAAAAUGAAAGGCUGAAUAACCAAAAAAAGGAAUAAAAACUGAUUAUAGGUAAAGAUUAAUACUGAGAAAUUGAACAGUUUGAUCAAAUUGGGUAAAACAAGAAACUAUGAAAAAUGAAAUGGAACAGAAUCAUGGAUCCAUUUAAGUACUUGUUUUCCUUGUGUGCAAAUACGAUAGAGUUCUUUUGAUAGUCUGUGACCACGUAGAGCAAACUGCAAUGAAAUACAGUCCCUAUUAGAAGCACUCACUGCUUAUUUAAUUAGGGCAACAGGGAUUGCCAUUCUCCUUCAAUUACUGACUCUCACAUGAAAUGCCAAGAGGUACUGCCAUGGUGCAGCUUGCUAACGCAGCAGCAUCCGUUGUGAAGAUUUAAUGGCUAGCUAGGCAGAAGACAAAAGAAUUGCAGGGAGGCUCAACUGUACAAAAAAGCUGUGCUGGCAGCUGAUGUCAAACAGCUCAGCAGGGCUGUAAACACAUUCUACAGACUAAGAUUUUGACUUACUGACUGAACCAAACAGCAUUUCACUGCAGAAAAAACAUUUAUUUAUAAACCAGGUGUAAUUUUCAAACUGCAGUUUUAGGCCUUGUUUUCCAGUAUCAGUUCUUAUCCAAAUUAAGGGGCUUCAUACAUUGAUUGUUCUCCCUGUGUUUCCCAGCAGCAGCCUGGGGAGAAGCAGUGUGGAAAUCAUGCUUAGAACUGCGUGGAACUACAAUGAUCUAUUUUUAUUUAUGAUUACAAGACCAUCUGUCAUGCAACUUUUUUCAUUGCAGCAGGAGUCUGGCAGCCAGCUCCUCCUCUCCAAAAUUGUAUGCAGAGAAAGUUCCUGCCUGCCUGCUCUUCUCAACACCCUCCUUCUAUUGUAAA